AUGUCCGUCUUCUCUCUCGAUGCUAAGCAGGGAAAUCCUGUGACCACAGAAACACUUGACGGACUAUGCUCCCAAUUAGGAGUCCAGAUCGAAGAGCAUGAGAAAGAAGACUAUCGUCGUCUGUUGGCCGUCUUUCACGAUGCCAGCGAACAAUUGAUGGAUAUUGAAGUAGACUAUGUCCCUAUCGUAGAUGAGGAUAGAUUCGCCAGAGAGCAUAUUCACUUCCCUGAAAAGCAUGGCAAUCCACACGGUGCUUGGGCCUGGAGAUGCACAGUCGUCGACAAGCAUUCCAAGGGCGGCAAACUUCGCGGCAAAAGAUUCGUCCUGAAAGACAAUGUUGCCUUGAAGGGCGUUCCAAUGCUUCUGGGCACCAAUUUCAUCAAAGACUAUACACCCGACUGCGAUGCUACUGUUGCGACAAGAAUCCUAGAAGCUGGCGGCAUGAUCAUUGGAAAAGCAGUCUGCGAAAAUAUGUGUCACAGCGCCACGAGUCAUUCUUCUGGAACUGGUAUCGUCGAGAAUCCGAUUGCAAAAGGCUAUAGUUCUGGUGGCAGUUCAAGUGGAUCGGGCGUUCUUGUUGCUCUUGGAGAGUGCGAUGGAGCUAUUGGAGCAGAUCAAGGUGGCAGCAUUCGCGUUCCAGCAGCCAACUGUGGUAUUGUCGGGCUGAAGCCAACAUUUGGGCUGGUUCCCUAUACUGGCAGCGGCUCGAACGAGCCUACCAACGAUCAUCUUGGUCCAAUGACGCGCACUGUUCUGGAGAAUGCUGUUUUUCUCGAGGCCAUCGCUGGUACUGAUAAUAUCGAUGAUCGCUCAUUCGCUGCACCACAUCCUUCCAAGAUUCCAUCCUACAGCCAGAUAGUGGACCUUCCCAAGGAGAGACCUCUGACAGGAAAGAGACUCGGUAUCAUCAAAGAAUCACUAUCGUUGCCCGCUCUAGACACACGUGUCAUCGAGACUUUCAAAGCAGCAGUUGCCAGAUUUGAGGCCCUCGGUGCGACGGUCGAAGAAGUCUCCAUCCCCAUCCAUUCCAAAGGCGCAGCUAUCUGGACCGGCAUAUCAAAAGUAGGAGGCUAUCUGACCAAAACCUCCGGCUCAUUCGGUAGACGAGGCCAUCAAAUGCUGACGCUAAACUCGAAACUGCAUCCCAUGGGUCAAGAACACUGGGACAAUGCAUACGUGUCGACCAAAAACAUCUACCUCAAUGGUCUGUAUGCUGUUCAGAACUUUCCUCUUCUGUUGGCAAAAGCAACAAAUCUGUCACACCAACUUCGAGAUGCUUAUGACACCGCACUCAAGACAUACGAUGUCUUGCUCACUCCAACACUUCCAUAUGUGGCGACUAGUCAUGCCUCUCCGGACGCUACACCGAUUGAGCAAAUCACAAAACAGAUUGGGUUGACGACAAAUACUGCUCCUUUCAACCAAAGUGGACACCCUGUUUUAGCUAUGCCUAUCGGAAUGUUGGAGGUGCUCGAAGGUCCAGGUGUAGAUGCGAAGGUGAAGCUUCCUGUCAGUAUGCAAGUGAUUGGGAAGUGGUGGGACGAGAUGUCGGUGUAUGAAACUGCAUAUGCUUGGGAAAGAGCGAAUGACUGGAGGGUGAUGUGA